CGGUUCUACCUCCGCAAAUGUUUGAGACAACUCACAUCCCUCAUGAUGCAACCGUACCUUCAACACAGGACUCACAAUCUUCCUACCUUUGCCUCACAGGAUUGUUGCAGUAUCUUGCGAACAUUCUUAUUCAGGAAUGUCUUCUAUGAUACCUGGACAGCCUUCCCUUCUUUCGGACACUUUACAAUAUGGGACGUCCCAUAAUGCCGAAAGUUCACAACUCUACCAGUCUCCGGGAGAGAUUACGAGAAAAAACGAAAAUGAAUUAUGUCUCAAAUCAACAGCCACCGAGGAAGAAGAUCAAGCUUCAGAACCAACAAAUUGGCAGCACAUAUCAUCAACAGAAGUGAAACCACACGAAGAAUUCAAGGAUGUCAAGCAAAAGCGUAAAUCUGGUCGUCGACACGGUCGGUUGAAGCCAGAGAUUGCUAAGCAUGCUCGGGAGAUGAGACAUCUCAGGGCUUGUCUUCCUUGUGUAAUAAUGAAAAUAACCUGCAGCCCUGGUGACAUCUGCAAGCGUUGCAACGCACUGGCCACACAGUCUUUAAGCAAAAGAAUUUGCACUCGGGCUCGCCUGGAGGAUUUCAGUGAUCUUCUUUUCCCUGUGCUCUUUGUCUCGCAUCUUCGGCCCAAGUCUGUGGGCCAAUUGUCUUCUGAGGUUAGUCUAGGGUUUGUGGGAACCGACAUUGAGGUAGGCCUUACCUGUGGCUCUCAGCAUAUCCCUAUAAACCUUGCCGUAUCGGAGUUUGCUCCCAAAAGCCACCAAGCUAUACCUGUCGCAACCAUUAGCGACAAAUCGUUCAAUGGAGAACCGUUAUUCGAGUACCAGAGUCCGCCUCCUAUCGCGUUCAACAAGUCCGAAACCGAUCUACUUGAAAGAUGUCGAAAUCAUGUCAAAUUUGUGGUCAAACGAGAGCGAACUUCACAAGCUCCCAUCGCUGAGCUAAGUCAUAAGAUAAGGAGGCUGAUCCUGAAAGCUAUUACCCGCUGCCUUGGAUCUGUGCGUCCUUCGAAAACUACUGCAACUUUGGAGAAAGCAAUGAUGCUUCACGCUACCUACAUUUUAAUGGCAACAACAUUGACGAUAACCGAGUCCUCAAAGAGACAUUUGAGCGGUCAUAUUCGGAAGCUAACCAUGAUCGACUAUGACUCAAAUAUAGCCUCUAGGCUUCUAAACAGACAGAUCAAAUCUGCCAUGCAUGCUUUGCGCCAACAACUAAUGAGAGAAGUUCUCGAAGAUUUAGAAAAGGAGCUUAAAACCAGAUCUAAAGCGGCAUGGGCGUCAUGUUUUUGUGUUGCUCUGAUACUAUGCAUGUGCAUUGAAGAGGCACAGAUUGCAAUGGACGCCUUUGCGAUGCAUACUCGGGUCAUUGGCGCGGAGCAGGAUGUCCCAUCAUCCCAAGCCACUAUCGAAUCUCUUGUCGCAAGCUGGACGAUCUCCUUUAUAACCACCUUCUCGAACUUUUCCACGGAAUUUACAGGACCCAUCAAACCCCAAAGGCACACAACAGUGCUCGUGUUUAUAACCCUAUCAGAGAUGGACCUGAAAUCGAUGUGAAAGGGGGUCUUGACCAAGAAACUAGCACCUACUACUGAAAAUACCCUUAUCUGACUGAUCUUAGAAGAAGAAAUCGUUGAAAGAGCUACGAAGCCGUCAUUUGGGGAUGACCACGAGAGCUUAGCCCGGCAUAUGGCAUUCCGCGAUGG